AUGCAUCGGACACAGGGUCGUUCGCGCUACAACUUGGCGCUGUGCCGCCGAUUAUCGCAAUUCUACGGGAGAAUCAAAGAUGACCAACCAUCACCGUCUCAAUCCAAUGAUGGAAAUCGCGAGCCUUCUGGGAGCCGACGUUCCGCUACGGUGGCGCCGAAGAGGGAGGAUGCAGUGAGCCUAGGCGAUCCUUCGCUCUUUUCGGGCUCUUUCAGCGACCUCUCCAGCACCCUCAGUGAGCGAGUGAUCCGUUCACUGUCGAGCUGCAGCUUCGUGCAGAUGACUGUCAUCCAGUCGCGUAGCAUUCCCAGGAUUCUGGACGGCUGUGAUGUCUUGAUCCGCAGCGCCACUGGGUCCGGCAAGACCUUGACUUUUCUGGUUCCGGCUUUACAGAGGCUUGUGUGCCCAAGAAAUGGAGCUAAGAUCACUCGCCAAGAUGGAACAUGCGUUAUGAUGAUAUGUCCGACCCGCGAAUUGUCGGUACAAACUAGGGACACGUUCAGCAAGCUUGCUCGGCCGUUCCCGUGGAUAGUGGUCGCAGCGUUGAUGGGGGGCGACAGCCGCAAGUCCGAGAAGGCGCAGAUACGCAAGGGGAUAACGGUGGUCAUUGGUACCCCGGGGCGUGUGCUUGACCAUUGCGAGAGCACGGCUUCGUUUAAAGUGUCGAAUAUGGAGAUGUUUGUGCUGGACGAAGCCGACCGCCUGCUUGAUAUGGGAUUUGAAGUCAAGAUCCGGGGUAUAUACAAAUUCCUAAUGGCCUCCAGGGACGUGGAAUCGGCAGGGAAGCUGCAAACGGUCAUGACGUCCGCUACCCUGACAGAUGCAGUGCACAAACUGGCAGACUUUUGCCUGCGGACAAAUCGUGAGACCAUCGGUGUCGACGACGACUUCCUUGCGAUGCCGUCUACCCUGACGCACGAAUACGUCGUGGUUGAGUGCAAGGACAAGCUCAUUUGUUUGGUUUCGCUGUUGCUGAAAUACGUUUCUAACGGCGAAAAGGUGCUGAUUUUCGUGGCCAACUGUCAGACUGUGGUCUACUUCCACCGACUGCUUCAGUCGCUGACGUGGCCGACCGUGGCCGGUGCCAAGAAGGGGAAACGUGACAUCUCGUCUAAGGUGGCCAAACAGUUGGACACUUACUCCAACACCAUUGAUGAGUACGAGAUGAUGACCGGGGAGGACGCAAGGCAGUUCAAGGGAUCAAUCGAGGGGCGACCGAAGGGGCUGCCUGUUUUCAGCAAAGUGCCCAUCCAUAUGUUACAUGGCAGCAUGGAAGUCAAUGACCGCGCUGGCUACAUGAGCGAUUUCAUGAGCCAUGACAGGGCGAUCAUGAUCUCGACCGACGUGGCUUCCAGGGGGCUGAACAUGUCCAAGGUCGACCGAGUUAUCCAGUACGACCCUCCACAGCAACUGGAAGAGUACAUCCACCGUUCUGGUCGUACGGCACGAUUAGGUGGCAAGGGUAACGCCAUACUGCUGCUCAUGCCGCACGAGGUGCACUUCAUACAGGCACUACGACAGCGGGGUAUACACGUCAAGCAGGUGAUGGAAGGCCUCGUGUGGUCCUACAUCGAGCAGACCUUCGUGCCCAAGCAUCUACGUGGUUUCAAAGGUUAUAACAUCUCGUUCCUGCGCAACUGCUUUUCCGACCUGGUUUCGGCCGAUGCCGAACUGCUGUCUAUCGCUCAAAGCGCUUUUCGUGCUGCGGUGCAGUCUUACAAGAGCUAUGCGCGCGACCUGAGGCGUACUUUCGACUUCAAAAAACUGCAUCUGGGACAUUAUGCCGCGGCGUAUUGUCUAAAGCAGCGUCCUGGCGAUAUCCUGCCAGAUCGCGGCCACGGCGCUGCUCCCAACGCAGCUGCCGCGGGUCACUCAGCUGCUAAACAUAAGGGGGCAAAUGUGCGAAGUGGAGGGAAAACGCAUACUCCACACAUGGCUCCGGGACGUGCCAACAAGGGAGCAAGUCGCGUCGCCCAAACUACGCGUAACAUGAAAAAGGUCUCCAAACCCUCAAAGCCGACCAGGACAGCCAAAACGGCACCGCUGUCAAGCGCAGCUUCGCAGGCUGCGCUCAAGGCGAUUGAGUACUUGAAGUCGCGCAACGAGGUGCUUACAAGUUGA